UUGGUUAUGCCAAAUUUAAAUCAAGACUUUGUUAUUAAUUAAAACUAGUAUUUUAUGCAAUUUUACUGUGACCUUAGUAUUUUAUUAAACUGGUGAAGAAAUGAACAUCAAUAAUGGCUGUCGUAAUGGAGAUCUUCUCCGGGAGGUUUGCUCCAGUGCUAUGGAAGCAACAGGUUACAAAGUGUUCAACGACAGUGUGCACGGUCACAUCACUCUACACCCGCUGCUGGUGCGAGUGGUCGACACUCCGCAGUUCCAGCGUCUACGCAACAUCAAACAGCUGGGACCUGCCAACUACGUGUUCCCCGGUGCUAGUAAUUGCCGCUACGAACAUUCACUCGGCACCUGCUACCUAGCUGGUCAGAUGGUAGAGAAGUUGCUGGAGAGAGAGCACAGGAGUAGGACAGCAGAGGAAAGACAAAGGUUGACGCUGUGUGUUCAGUUGGCUGCCUUGUGUCAUGACCUGGGCCAUGGACCGUUCUCUCACACGUGGGAACAAGUCACCCAACGGUGGGGCGACCCCUGGAAGCAUGAAGAAGCAUCAAUCAAGAUGUUUGAUUCACUGGUAGAAUCAAAUGAUCUGGUUGGGAUAUUUUCUGAUCAUGGCCUCAAACAGCUUGAACGAAGAAUCAUCAAGGAGUUGAUCAUGGGAGGUCCCCCAGAUGGCAAUCCUCCUCUUCUUGGACCUGAGGACAACUUUUUGUAUCAAAUAGUGUCUAACAGAGAGACGGGAAUCGAUGUGGACAAGUGGGACUACUUUUUGAGAGACGGACUUCAUCUCAAUCUUAGCAUCACCUUCAACUACCGUAGGCUGCUGGAGUUCUGCACUGUUGUGACACUUCCCAGCGAUGGUAGAACACACAUUGCGUUCAGAGAUAAAGAGAUAACGAACCUAUACAACAUGUUCCGAACACGCUCGGCCCUCCAUCACACUGCGUACAAACACCGGGUAGUGCUCAACGUUGAACUUAUGACUGUUGAUGGAUUCGUUGCAGCUGGUGAAGCAGGCUACAAGAUCAACAAUUCAGAAAUACUACUGAAGGAUGCGCACAAAAGGCCAGAGUCUUUAUGUGAAAUGACUGAUCACCUUUUCUUUGACAUUCUCUACACCAGAGAUCCAAAGUUGAGUUCAGCUCAAACAACUUUUAAAAGGAUUUUUCAGAGAAAACUCUACAAAUUUGUUGAGAAAAUCAACAUUCAAAUUCAAGGUGGAACUGUGAAAGAGAGACAGAGUUGUGUCAAAGAAAAGAAAGCCGAAUUAAUCAAGAAACUAGCAGAUAGUUGUCCUAAUUAUGAAUUUGGAAUUGGCGAGUUUUACCUGGACUUAGACUGCCACAAUGAUCCUGUGUCCAAAGUACACUUUUACACAAAACUGAGGGACUCCAAUGCGAUUAAAAUAGAAGCCUACCAGAAAAUCAGGGAUUUGUUAGAUCCGUUCCCAUUUCAACUGACCAGAGAACCCACAGCUGUGCUGUCAGUGUUCUGUAAGACAGAAAACGUCACUGACGAAGACCUCGCAGACGCCAAGACAAUGAUACUAAGUGUAGGCCUAUCCACCAACACACAACCUUAGUUACCAAUGCAGGUGGUACAACCUCAAAGAAUUUUAUUUAUUUAAUAAAAAUAAGUAAACAUAUUUUAGAAAUAUAUUUAAUUUGUUAAUACAUGGUGAUAGUAGUUAUUUAUUUUAUGUGGUAUUUUUGUAGUAAUUGCUUGUUUUGUAACUCCCUAGUCGUAUUGAAUUACUCCUACUACUCGAACACUGUUUUCGAAAUGUUUUAUUUUUAGGCCCUGCCCUACAAAGUUAAAGCUGCUCAUAAAAUGAGAAAUGCAGGUUAAUUUUAAAUGUGCUUAUUACCUAUAGAGAUGUUUAUUUAUAUUUGCUUGGAGAUCUAAUUAUUUAGAAAGCAAACAAAAUAUUUAUUAGACCUACAAUUUUUUUUUUUUUAUCAAAUUGUGACUUAAACAAUUUUGUAGGUCCAAAAAUGUGCGGUUUUUGGAUUUUUUUGAAGAAAAAGAUAAUGUUAGCUUAAUUUAUUAGUUGAAAAGUAUCUUUUGAAGUUCGUAAUCUUUGAAAAUUAUUGUUUUUAAAUGGCAAGUCCAAAAAUAUAUUUUGGUAAUUACAGGUUAAUAUACGUAUUAAGAUCUGACAAGAUGUGAUUUAGAAUUGAAUCCAACCUUGGUGUAUUUUUAGUUCUCAAAGUAUAUUUUUAGUGUGUGCUCUUAAGGAGCAUUAUUUAUUGAACACAUUUAACGAUGUGAGACACAUAUUUAUAAAUUAAACUAAUUAGCAUAAUUAGUAAUGAUAUUUUUUUACCAAUCAGUAGUGUGAUAUCUAGUUGAGAGUACCAAAUAUAGAUAUUCUAGUAAAUGUUUGAAUAUUGUGAUUGUUGCUUUAACCAUUUUUGGUUUAUGUUAGUAUUUUGUUUCUGUUUGAUAUCUUGCAAGUAGCAUGAAUGUUAAAUUUUUAUUUAUCCAUUGCAUAGGAUUACUAGUUCUAGAUGGUUUGCAAUCAUUUGAUUUGGAUAAAACAAAAAAUUGAGCCAUUACAAUAUACAAGAACGACCUGCACUGAUAAUCUUACUAAAGAGCAUCGUCAGGUUGCAAACCCCUGAAAUCCCUGCUUAGGUUUUACAGUUUGUUGUAGCACUGACUGAACCACAAACUUUCUAAUGUACUGCAUUUUACAAAAAUUUGCAUAAAUUUUGUUUACAUUGGUCAGUUGAACAUAUUUUUAAAUUUUUUUCUGUCCAGCUACAUUAAAGCUCAAUUUUGAAAUUUGGUUUGACUCAUUUAAAGAAAACUAAAACUUGAGUUCAGGGUCGAGUGCCAGUUGCCUAAAAUCUUUGUCAAGGGUCAUUUUACAGCCUGAGGCAUGACAGUGUGAGUGCCGCCAAGUAGCAAUGACCAGUUCCAUGGUGCGGCCGUAUGGGGGUGGAAAGAUCGACCGGGUUGUUCUUCCUGAUUUUAAAAAUGUAAUUUAUUUUAAUUCCGUCAACAUACUUAAUCAACUGUACUUAAAUACCAGUAACCUGCUCUCAAGCAUUUACUUAAUGAAAGAUAAAAGAGUGAUUUGACUAUUCUUGAUUUUUUUCAUUUGCAAACUGUGGAUAUUUUUAUUUAAUAUGUUCACAAUGUCACAACAAAAUCAAUAAAUAAAAAAAAAAUAUCUUAAGUAAGAA